AUGGAUUCACACCCAAAGCUCACGUUUAAUGGCUCAGACCCCAACGAGAAAUGGAUAACAACGGUUCAUGUGCAACCAGUAGCGCCAUCACCCAGCUCUAUCCUCAGUUCUAGUGAUCCCACUCUCUGGGAUACACACUUUGCAGAUAGCGCUCGCCAGUGGGGUACUGCUACAAAAGUCGCUAUCUCCGUUGUUGCAAUUGUUUCGUUCUUUGUGAUCACCUUGGCAAACUCGAUCUACAUUGCUGGUAUUCCGGGCAUCAGGGCAGAGUUCCAGAUCGGAUCCACAUUGGCUAUCUCUCCUGUUGCCCUAUAUGCCAUGGGGUUUACGAUUGGGCCUCUGCUCUCCUCGGCAUUGUCCGAGGAGUUUGGGAGAAAGUGGGCUAUUAAAUGCUCUCUGCUCCUUCACCUCAUCUUCACUAUUGUCGGUGCUACGGCGCCAAACUUUCGGACUCUGGCUGUUGCCCGUGCGCUGUCGGGGAUUCUGGGCUCGCCGUUGGUGACCAUAUUCGUGGGAGUCCUUAAUGAUCUAUGGAAGAUGCCUGAAGACCGCCUGGCGGUUCCCGUGUUCCUACUCUAUGGACUUGGCGGUAUCACUGCGCCAACAGUAGGGCCUAUCAUUGGACAGUCCGUUGUGGAAAACGGCGGAUGGCGGUGGACUUUCUGGCUCAUCGCCAUAUUAGUUGGGCUCUGCCUUUUUGCAGUCAUUCCUAUCAAGGAAACGUACGAGCCAGUGGUGCGCCGGAAGGCGCUUAAUCUCCCUCGUCGGGACUGGCACAAGGUCGUCGGUCCUGCCUUCUUACGCCCACUUCAUAUGCUCUGGGUGGAACGUAUCAUAUGGCCCACCACUUCUAUUACUGUUGCGGGUCAAGUCGUGCUUUUCGUCUUCUACGCAGCUUUUCCCAUCAUGUUGGACGAGGUCUAUGGAUUUACCCCCUACCAGACAGGGUUAGCCUUCCUGGCCCAGCUGGCAGCAGGUGUUGCAGCCUUUCCGCUGUUAGGAUUUAUUGAAAGAAAAGGUCGAGCUUCCGUGGAAAAAGAUCCGGAAUUUAUUCUUGUCGGUGGCAAGUUGGCAGGUACUGCGAUGUGGACGUCUCUCAUAACGCUCGCAUGGCUGCCACGCCACAAUGUUCAUUGGGUCUGGGUAAUUAUAGCGUCUGCUGUCUUUGGAUUUGGAUUUGCGUUGUCACAGCUUGUCUAUGCACGAUACAAAAACGAGGUCUAUGGCGCCGAUCUCGGCGCAUCCGUUCUCGCAAUAGACGUGUCCCUACGAUAUGCGGUGUCCUGUGUGUUCCCACUGUUCACUGUCCAGCUUAUGGACCAGGUAGGGUUCCACUGGAUGAUAUCUUUGCUAGCCGCUCUACAUUUGGCCCUAUCUAUUAUUCCAUGGGUUCUUCAAAAACAGGGUGCUACCGUACGCGCACAGAGCCCCUAUCUGAAUCGCCACUUUUCCCCGCACGAAAAUGCUGCGAGGACCAUUCAGACUCCUUAA